CCAGACUCAAAAGUUGUCGACCGGGAUGCUCCGGAGCCGACCGUAUAUUCAGAGCCAGUGGCAAUUGCAGCAACGAGCCCCCUGGAGCAACUGCAUAUCGAGUUGACCGUCUCUCCAUCGGGCGACGACUUGGAGGCCGAGAAACAACAUAGAGUGACCGAGACCACACGGGCGCCUUUUCGGCGUUGGGUCAAUACCUUGCGAAAGCGAAGUGCGAAUCGGCGAAUGCCAAUCCUUUUUCACCAUACUCAUGGCCCCAUCGCAGGCGGUUCACACUCGGGUUUCCAUCGUCAUGAAUAUUACGGCCCACUGUCUCAUGGUCACCGCCAGUCUUUGUCUAUCACAUCAUCGCUUGGGCUUGUUGCAAGGGUAAAUUCAGCGUCGUUUACCAUGACAAGUGCCAGCGCCGCGCCACACUCGAGGAGACAUAGUCUCGCUCCCAGCCGAAGACGCACUCAGGGGAGGAGCAGUGGCACCGAACCUCGGAUAUCAACCGAAAGUAACACCAUGUCCAUGAACUACCGGAUCGAUGAAGCGGCCUGGUCCCGCGCUGUCCAGAGGAGAAAGAUUUUGGAGGAACUUGUUUCUUCAGAAGAAAGCUACAUUGACGACUUGAAGGCAUUGACAAACGUCUACUUCACGCUUCUUGCCUCGACUCAUACGACGUCUGCCAAAACGAAGGGCUCGGUCCAGCGGACUUUGGCUGAACUUCAACAACUUCACCAGGACCUAUUCAGGGAGUUGCAGCUUAUUUUCCCUUAUUCUGACACGGGGCAAGGAAAGUCAUCCGACUCAAAUAGGCCGCGAAGGCCUCGCCACACUCGUUGGCGUAGUGACGACGGGCUGCCAAAUCGUGUCCGUCAUCUGCAUUUCAGAAAGCAUGGCAGAUACUCGCUCGACUCCUAUGAUACAACGGAUCCUCGCUUCCAAGGUUCGAUUGCCGAUGGUCGCCAAGCAGCAGCUGUGGCACGUGUCUUCAACAUCUUCAUGCAUCGAUUCUUUACCUAUGAGGCUUACGCAUCUCACCUCGACAUCAUGAAUCAUGACGUGUCUUCGACGAAUAAAUCCAUUCCAGGCUGGAACAGUUAUGAACGAGGCAUUGAAGUGUUAUCCAUAUCCCUAAGCUCGCUCAACCACCGGGAGAUGGGCAACAAGAAGGCCUUGACCUUUGCAGACCUGCUGAUCAAACCUGUCCAGAGAAUUUGCAAGUACCCGUUGUUCUUUGCCGAGCUCUGCAGACAGACACCCGUCUGCGAUGAUCCAGAAUCCCAUGAGCAAAUCCAAAAGGCGCUUUCCCGGCUGCAAGAGAUGGCACAAGCAGUCAACAAAGCACGCGACGAUGCCAAAAAGCGAAAGAUGAUCGAGACUACCUGGAAGCUGCAGGACCGUUUAGUCUUCACCGAAGAGCACCAUCUUCCUGCCGGGAUGGUUCUGCGGCUCCUUGGCCAUGUUAUGGUAUGCGGCGUGCUCCACAUGGCCUUCGAAACUCCUGCAGAGGUCAAGGGAACGUAUGCUGUCUGUGUUCUGUUCAAGUCUUAUUUUCUCUUUGCCGUGCCGAUGAAACACAGUUCUUCGUACAGUGUUUGGGCGGUUAUCCAUCUGUCACAGUGCACGCUUGAAGCCGUGGACAACGGGAUGGGCCUCCAAUGUCACACGGCGCCAUUUUCAUGGAAACUUGUUUUCGAACACCAGAGCAAGCUGUACGAACUCAUCCUGUCCGCUUGCUCUGAGAAUGAGGAAGAAGAUUGGAAAAGACAUCUGGAAACUCAAAUCGUUUCUGAAUCGUCUGAGGCAUCAGGCACUGGCUCCGCUGGAGACAUCUUCUCUCAGCUCAUCGGUGGCCUGAAACCAUUCAGUUCGAUCUUCGACGGCUUCGAACAGCCUCCGCAGACAGGAACACGAGUUCCAAUUCAGCGAGCAGCGACGGUGGGCCCGAGAUCUAGCCCACAUCAAGUGAUCAUCAGAACCACAUACGCACAGAGCACUACAGGGGAGGCUAAGGUUCAGGCUUCGAUUGGACGCUCCAAGUCUCAUCUUUCCUCCGCAUCAAUACCGAUCUUAGCACCGCGGAGAUCUGAGCGGAUCCGACUUGAGCACGCACUUGCGGACGUCUGGACGCGAGAUGCAUUACCUUUCCCGGGAAUGAGUGGAAGACGCCAGGAGAACACCCUUCGCGCCUCGGCAAACUCGGUCAUGAGGAAGCUCAGCAUGGCGAGUAUCUCGAGCAACAUCUCCAAGCGCUUGACAAGUCACGGAAGGCACAGUCCCAUGUGUACAGUCGAGGAGCCACCCGCACACCGUACUGUGCACACUACCUCAAAGAAGUCAAGAGCGGCCACUGGGAAUCAUCGAGCCCCGAGGGUCGUGGGCUUUCACAAUACCCCAACGACAUUUCUCCCUGGCGGCUUCGAGCCCGAUCGGGUACCCACACGCAAAAGGCUGUCUAACCGUGGCCGAAAAGCACUUAAAGAGGAUAGAUUACCUGGAAAGGAUGAUCUGCUGGCACAACCAAACCCUGCGACUCGGCACCCAACGCUCCACGGAGAAUCUCCCUCGGAUCGUGCCAAGGAGAAGCUGGAGGCUUGCCCCCAGCGUGCGAAGGAGCUCGGUCAUUCAGAGCCUAAGCGGUGGAUUCUAUCGCGAACACCCGGUCCGGCGAUCUUCAGCAAUCUCACGAACAAGGUCAGCGCGAAAGGUCAGAGAGCUCGAGGGAAGAUCUUCAAGUUCUGGCACCAUCAACGGUCUGAAGACCAAUAGCCGACCAUCGUCAAUGUUAGCUUUGGAGAACGGAUUUUGAAGAGUAAGGGUUCACAAUACACAGAUAUCAUUCACAAGGCACUCUAUUAAUUACUGUUUGUGGGAUGGCGAUAGCCGGAAUGAACAGCAACACGACCGGGAAGCAUCAUGAUGCAAGGGACGCGUUGGUGUCGUUGGGUGGGUAGUGGUUCGUCACACUUGUCAAUUGUUAUGGGGGU